AUGGUUAAAAAGAAAAGUGGAAGAACGUUGAACCCUGCCGAUGCACAUCGCAAGGCGAUGCGGCAAAAGGAGAUUAAAAAGAAUAAAGCUGAGAGGAAACGUGUACGUACACUGGUAAUGGUGCAUAAAGAUACCACGAAAUUGGAGGAGGAGGUUUCUCGAUACAGAUCUUUAGAUAAGGAUAAAAGAUUGGACAAAAAUGGAAAAGCGAAACUGAAAGACUUGCAAGACAAGUUGUCAAAAAUUGUUGAGACCAAGAAGGCUCACGGGGUUAAUUUGAAAAAAGACACCAAGCCAAAAACGGAUCACACCCCUAUAUACUUUCAUCCCACACUCAAUCCUUCAGGGUUACCUCCGCCAGGGGUUUCCAUUGAUUCUGAAGGCGAAAGAGUCGAGAAUAAGGACGAAUCAGAAGAGGAAAUCCCUCUUCCUCCUGGUCAACCGCCAGCAGAUAAAGAUUCAUCAGACAAUGACUUACCAGAGUUACCACCCGGUCCACCACCUACACAAAAGAAAAAUGAGGCAGAUGACAAUGAUCAAGGUGAGGAUGACGAUGAAGAGGAGGACGAUGAUAGUGAUAAUGAAGACGAUGAUUUACCUAAAUUACCGCCUGGUCCACCUCCAAGCUCAAUGACUCCUCCAUCAAUAAGGGCCCUACAAAACACAACACUAACAGGAGGACAAAUGAUGAUGCCUCCUCCGUUCGGUUACACUGGUGCGCCUGGUACAUUACCAUCAGCUCCCCCGUUCGGUGGACCUCAUUCUCCUUCAAGCCCUUUCGCUACUUUUAAUGGACUUCAUGGAUCUCAUUCAAUUAGACCACAGAUGCGAACACCACCUCCACCUCCAUUUACUGGCAAACCACAUUCAUUAAGUCCACAAUUUUCUCAUUACGGUCCACCACCACCGGGAGUUCCAGGUAAUCUAAUGCCUAUGACACGGCCAUAUCCUCAACAUAUACCGCCAUUAUCUCCAUCUUCACCAGCAGCAACAGUACAAGGCAUGCAGAUGAAACCGGGUGUAUCACCGAAUAAGGUUUUUACAUCAGCCGCCACAGCCACUCCAAUUAUUCAGGCUGAGCCUCAAGUGCGCAAUCUCCAAAAAGAACUUACAACGCUUGUCCCUGCCGCUUUACUUCGUAAAAAAGCCUCAGCCUCAAAACCAAAAGUUUCUAGACCUAUAGUGAAUGCUGCCCCUAAUAUAGAUGAUGGAAUGGAAACAUUAACCCCUCCCGUUAAAAGAUCAGCUUCAUCUAUGUUACCAGUAGUAACGCAGUCAUCAACAACUCAAGAGGAUUCAAAUGAUCAACAAAAGUCGACUGCUCCGCCUCCAGCAAAAAAAGCAAAGACAAAAAAGAAGUAUGAUGAAUAUGAGAAAUUUAUGUCUGAAAUGCAGGAUUUGUUAUAG